UGCCUGUCAGGGAGCUCAGUGUCAGCGCCUCAGAGGCAGCGCAUACAGUGUAGUUUAUUAUUUUUCCUGCUGGGUGACUAUUCCUACAUUGUAGCAGAGGGUGGCGGGGAGGAGGACGCGGCGGCUCUGGACGGGGGGUCGUGUGUGCUUCAUUGGGGGGCAGAGGAACCCGAAAAUCCCCUCCGGGAGGAGAAGCCUGGGGAGAGCAGGGAGGAAGCUCCGGAGAUAUUCCUUGUGGACAUUUUUUGUUUCCCUUGAAUGAUGAGCAAAGAUCUUGGGAAGAAGCUCCAGAACUGAAGGCGGCAAAAACCCCUGCAAACAUCUGGACCCAGCGGACAAGUAACAUGAACUGAAGGGAGACGAGCGGGGGGACUGUUUGCCAUUGUAAAGACAGGGGGGGAUCAAAGACGGGAACCCGUUCUCCGCAAGGUCUUCGUUUGGACAGUGAGGAUUUACAGGAACCAUGGGAAGGAAAAAGAUUCAGAUCCAGAGGAUCACAGAUGAGCGGAACAGACAGGUGACGUUCACAAAGCGUAAAUUUGGGCUGAUGAAGAAGGCUUAUGAGCUCAGCGUCCUGUGUGACUGUGAGAUCGCUCUCAUCAUCUUCAACCACUCAAACAAACUGUUCCAGUAUGCCAGCACGGACAUGGACAAAGUGCUGCUGAAAUACACAGAGUACAAUGAGCCCCACGAGAGUCGGACUAACGCAGACAUAAUAGAGACAUUAAGAAAGAAAGGUUUUAACGGGUGCGACAGCCCCGAACCGGACGGGGAUGACUCCAUUGACCAGAGCCCCCUCAUGGAAGACAAAUAUCGCAAAGCCAGCGAGGACUUGGACAUUCUAUUCAAACGCUACGGUGCGCUGAACAAGAAGCACAGGGAGUACGAGAGCCCGGACGCGGACGAGGUUUUUGCGCUGACUCCGCAGACGGAGGAGAAAUAUAAAAAGAUUGACGAGGAGUUUGAUAAAAUGAUGCAGAGUUAUAGACUCGCAUCUGCAGUUCCUGCACCGAACUUCGCUAUGCCCGUUACUGUACCGGUGACCAAUCAGAACGCACUGCAGUUCAGCAACCCCGGGGGGUCUUUGGUCACACAGUCUCUGAUGACGGCCUCGCUCACGGACCCCCGGCUCCUGUCACCGCAGCCACAGACCCUGCAGAGGAACACAGUGUCUCCGGGGCUACCUCAGAGGCCAGCCAGCGCAGGAGCGAUGCUCGGGGGAGACCUUAACAAUUCUAAUGGAACCUGUCCAAGCCCUGUAGGCAAUGGCUACAUCAGUGCGCGAGCCUCUCCGGGCCUCAUACCAGUAUCGAACGGGAACUCCCUGGGUAAAGUCAUCCCAGCCAAAUCCCCUCCGCCUCCAUCCCAGAACAAUCAGCUCGGAGCCAACAGCCGCAAACCAGACCUGCGCGUUAUCACCUCACAAGGCGGCAAGGGGUUAAUGCAUCACUUGGCGGAGGAUCUGGAAAUGCAGAACACACAGAGGCUAGGAGUCUCCCAAGCGGCUCACUCCUUGACCACGCCGGUCGUAUCGGUGGCGACACCCAGUUUACUGUCACAUCAUGGACUGCCGUUCUCUGCCAUGUCCACAGCCUACAACACAGACUACCAGCUGACCAGCGCAGACUUGGCAUCGCUCUCCACGUUCACCUCUCCAGGAACCUUGUCAUUAGGCAACAUGUCCACCUGGCAUCAGCAGCAGCAGCAACAGCAGCAGCAUCAACAGCACCACCACGCGCAGCAGAUGGUUCCCGUGUCACUAAGUAACCUGAUAUCCAGCGGACAGCUUUCACACACCGCCACGCUGACAGUCAACACCAACCCAAACAUAAGCAUCAAAAAAGAACCUCCAUCUCCCAACCGGGAACGGAGCACCGGCACCCCAUUGACGUCCUACUCACACCAGGCGCGGCACGAAGCCACCGGCCGCUCUCCCGUCGACAGCCUGAGCAGCAACGCAAGUUCUUUCGAAGGCAACGACCGAGAGGAUGCAAGGGCCGACUACACCUCCUCGCUUGGGCUGCUGCGACCUUCGAGCGACGUGGAAGGCGAGAGCCCGUCUGUAAAACGCAUGCGGCUCGACGCAUGGGUAACAUAACUGCUCCAGAAACAAAAACCCACCCGCCCACCUCGUCCUUACGCUUGCGAGCCACAGGAUGAGGUGCCGAUUGGGAGGGGGUGGGCAGACAGGAGCAGGUUGCCAGUGAGGUUUAAUGCUGUAGGGUGGGAACCUAUCAUUAACUGCCUGAGAUAUAGCUUUAGUAUUUGGUAGGUAUUCUUCCUAGUCCAGUGCGUCAGGCAAUGUCUGCAGAGGACAUGGGACUCCAUGGCUGCACUAAGAACCUAAGCCGAGUACGACUCCAGCCCUCCAAAGCCAACUGCUUACCUUGUCGUCUUGUUGACCACAGCUGCUACAGUCAAUCUCGCCACUGCCCUCCAUCCUCACCGAUAUACCCUGCUCACCGCCUCACCCUGCUCCGCUUAUCUGAAGACAUCCGUCGUUGGGCUGCUCGCUACCGGGCCAGCUUUCAUUAUCUAUUACCGGGUUGCUUGAAAGGGAAGCUGCAGACUCAGAUUUUCUUUUUCGCCAUUCAUGAAACGGUUAAGUCCAAAGUGGCCUCCCUGGCCGAGCAGCGCUCAUUGACAAACUGGAAAUUGAAUUCCUAGCUGCUUGACGGACCUUAAUUGGGUUUUUUUUUUGUUUCAAGUUAACGAACCGGCAUCUUAUCGGGAUGCACACCAUGGAGAGCCACCUUCCCCUCCCAUCCUCCACCCGUCAUGGAAGCUCCCUCCAGUCUCCGGCUCACUCAGCGCAGACGGGGCCGUCCAGAGAUCAAGCUACGUAGACAUAUCUAAAACUCGAACCCCCGCAAGCCAUGGAGCUCUAUCAUAAUGCAGACAAUGCCUUUUUAAAAGAGAAAAAGAAAAAAAAUCUAAAAUUAACAAAAACAAGAAAUAUAUAUAAUAUAUACAUAUAUAUAUUUAUUCUUUUAGAUGCGGUUUUCUUAUUUUGGAGGAAAGAGCUCAGCCUAUGAUUUCACUUCUCGAGGACAGGGAUUUCCCCUCACAGGGUUUUCUAUGUAUUAAAGGCAGUAUGACUGCGAGAUAUAAAAAAAAUAGCCCCCCCACCCCCCGUUAGAAAUUCGGAAAGUGAAAUCAUAUUGGAACUUUAAAUUCGAGGCCGUUUUCCGGAGAGCAGAAUCCCCUCUGGAAAGGGAAGGCUUGGAAUUAAAGGAUAAUGUGCAAGGGGUCCAGGUACAUCCAUAGCAGCAUGCUCAUUGCCCAGGUCAGUAACACUGCCGCACAAGAUUUUUGCUGCUAUUUUCACACUAUAUUGGUGAAAAGGGGGGUGAUCUGCUAAAAAUAUAUAUAUAUAUUUUUUUUGUAUUUUUGAACAUUUUUGUUUUCUGGUUUCCCGCAAUCACCUGUACAUUUUAACCUGUAUUUUGUUAAUUAGUUUCUACCAAUUUUUGUCCUAAUAUAAUGGACACAAUGACCUAAAACAGUCCCAGCUGGGGAUCAUGGUCCCAUCUGUGUCAAUGUCCACAAAAGUAUGCAAAUGAGUCUCUAGGAGCAAUGAGGGCGGUGCCAUUACACCUCUCAUUGCUUCCAGAGGCUCUGCUCGCUCCUCUCCAUGCCGCAAACCGUCCAAUUUGAUUGAUAGAGCCAGGCAGAGAAAACGUCACCACACCUGCCCGGCCCCGAGGUCUCCAAAAGUCUGUUCGUACUACACAGAGACUCACCGGUGAGGGGCGAGGCAUGAAGAGGAGCGAGUAAAGCGAGACAAAGCGGCAAUUAUCUCGGGAAUAUGGGCACGGACGCUGAUGGGACCAAGACCAUGAUCUUUAGCUGUCAAGGGCCCAUUUCUCUGGUUAGGUUUUAGGUCCAUGUAAAAAAUAAAAGUAAUAAUAGUGGUGUUCCAUGGCUUCACAGUCCCCCACCCAUCUCUGCUUCCCCCACUUGACAUGGAAACAAUGUGACCACUCUGUGGUCGGUGAUUGGCUGAGAGGUCAUUUCCUAUGCGUUGAGAAGGACAAGAGAGUAGAGAGCAGCAGGGAACUCGGAAAACUAGAGCGGUAUGGGUUAUUAUUAUUUUUUUUUUUUAACAACCCUUUAAAAAAAAAAAAAAGAGGGGAACAGUUAAGUAGACUUUUUUAUACUUUGCCAUACACCCUUUAUAAGAUCACCCCUUUGCCUAUUUUUUUUUAUUGUAUACCAUUAAAUCAAAUUCCUGCUUACAUUUUUUUUCUAUUAUUAUUCUUUUAUAUUUUACUUUAAAUUUGAAAUAUUUUUUUU